AUUACUUUUCAGAGAAAGAGAGAGAGGCGGCUGAUUAUUCAAGAUUCAACAAUUCAGCCAUCACAAAGAAGAAUCAUCCAAUGGCCCGUACCAAGCAAACUCCUCGUAGAUCUACAACAUCAGAGGCUCCAAGAAAGCAGGUGGCUUUUAAAGCUCCAAGUAAGCCUUUCCAAAUCACAAUUGGUAUGCCAAAGCCCCAUGAAUACCAGCCUGGCACUAUCAUUCUUCGUGAAAUCCAAAGGCACCAGAAAGCUCAUCGGCUACGGAUUGGAAAAAGUCCCUUCCAAAAACUCGUAUGCGAAGUAGCAGAGAAUUUGGAGGUUGACAUGCAGUUCCAAAGCCAUGCAAUCUUAGCUCUUCAGAUAGCAUCUGAGGAUUACCUUGUUGAUCUCUUUGCAGAUGCGAACCUCUGUGCUACUCAUGCUAGGCGUGUCACUGUCAUACCAGAAGACAUCCAUCUGGCUCAGAUGAUCCGCAAUAAACAUGCUUGAACUUGUUUCAACUGCAUAUCCUCUUAAAUUAUUCUAGUGUUUCCACCUUAAUUCACUGCAACAGUAUCUAAUCUUAAUUGAAUACUACAGCCUGGAAUAAUAAUAAAU